AAUCAAAAUAGAAAUUGCCUAUUAUAUUGUAUUAGUAGCACACCACCACACAGUGAUACACAUAUAUUAUAUUGAACAAAUGACAGCAUUUCCUUCAGAUGAAUCAAAUGUGGUCAUCUUUAGUCACACCCAUUCAAAUCUAAGUUGGACUCUUCCUUCCACCUUGAGAUCUUCAAUUCACAAUUCAACCCAAGUUCUUCACCAAUGGCUUCACUCAGGAGCUUCCUCAAGCAAAAGUGUUCUUCAUAUGGUGUUGCAUGUCACCACCCCAUGAUGAGGAGGUUCUUUUCCGCAGAAACCAUCGUUGAUUCUCCUUCUUUUGCUCAGAGAAUCAGAGAUUUGCCUAAGGAUCUUCCUGGAACCAACAUCAAGAAGCAUGUUACCCAGCUAAUUGGAAGGACUCCACUGGUUUAUCUUAACAAAGUCACUGAAGGAUGUGGAGCAUAUGUUGCUGUGAAGCAAGAGAUGAUGCAACCCACUGCCAGCAUCAAAGACAGACCAGCACUUGCAAUGAUUGAAGAUGCUGAGAAAAAGAAUCUUAUAUCUCCUGGAAAGACAACUCUGAUAGAACCUACAUCAGGCAAUAUGGGUAUUAGCAUGGCAUUUAUAGCUGCCAUGAAGGGAUAUAAGAUGGUUUUGACCAUGCCCUCUUACACAAGCUUGGAAAGAAGGGUAACCAUGAGAGCAUUUGGAGCUGAAUUAAUCCUCACUGAUCCAACAAAGGGAAUGGGAGGGACAGUAAAGAAGGCUUAUGAUCUUUUGGAAUCCACACCAAAUGCAUUCAUGUUGCAACAGUUUUCAAACCCAGCCAAUACUCAGGUGCAUUUUGAAACAACUGGUCCUGAGAUAUGGGAGGAUACAAAUGGACAGGUUGACAUAUUUGUUAUGGGAAUUGGUAGUGGAGGUACAGUCUCUGGGGUUGGACAAUAUCUUAAAUCCAAAAAUCCUAAUGUUAAGAUUUAUGGAGUGGAGCCAAGUGAAAGUAAUGUGCUGAAUGGUGGUAAACCUGGCCCACAUCAUAUAACCGGCAAUGGAGUUGGAUUCAAACCAGACAUAUUGGACAUGAAUGUAAUGGAAAAAGUUCUUGAAGUUAGCAGUGAAGAUGCAGUUAACAUGGCUAGAGUGUUGGCUUUGAAGGAAGGACUCAUGGUAGGAAUAUCAUCUGGAGCUAACACAGUUGCAGCACUCAGAUUGGCUAGUCUGCCUGAAAACAAAGGCAAACUUAUUGUGACUGUUCAUCCAAGUUUCGGGGAACGAUACCUAUCAUCUGUCCUCUUCCAACAGCUUCGCAAUGAAGCUGAAAACAUGCAGCCAGUGUCAGUUGAUUAAUGUCUUCCAUAACCUUUGAUACAAGUAGAAAGCUUUGUUGUGGAGUUUACAUGGAGCAACCUAGCUGUUAUAAUCCUGUUGUAGCAAAAAUUGCCAACGUCAGCUUACAAUAGUCCUAUCUUAAUGCUCUGUAUUGUUUUGUUUCAUUUUUAAUUGGAAAUGUUAUAAAGUAAAAGUGCCUUUAAAAGUUUAAAUAACCAUAAUUAUAGGAUUAAAAUCCUAUUACGGGUAAAUUGUAUCUAAUUUUGGCAUAUAAUGUGUGUGUUCAAUUUCUUCUUAAAACAAGAAUACUCCAAGUUGUAAGCAUU